GACCAGUGUGGAGGCAACGAGGACAGCGGUUAGAGAAAGGCUCUAACAGUCAUUCCAUACAUGCAGUAUAGCCACUGCUAACCAAAGUUUCCAGAUGGGAUCAAAAUAAAGAGCUAUCUCAUUUUUAAAUAAAAUCUAUAAUGUAUGCGCAAAAAGAUACGAUUAAAGAAGCUAUCUUUAAAACUCUGAAAGUUAUACGCAUGCACGACUGGCUUCUGGAUCUGUAUGUAUUGGACUUUUUUGUAGAUGGUCACUGGGAAAAACUGCCAUCAUCCUGGCAAAACUGCUUCGAAAACAUGACCCCUCAAGACCUAGGCAAUAUUCUCUCAGGAAUCCCAACUAGUCAUGUUCUACCUUUAUCAUUCAUAUCUUUAGUCAAAUCAGUUCAAGUUUUAAGCCUUCCUCGUAAGCCGAAGUUUGAAAGAAGUAGAAAAGUCACUAUUAAUGAUGAAGAUUCUUGUGGUGGUCAUCCUAAAUUAAAGAACUUGUUUUUAAAACAUGUGAAGUUAAAAAAGAGGCAUGAAAUAAGUUUAAUGGCUGAAGUUGUGCGUUCCGUAGCUUUAGAGAGUAAAUGUGAUGCUGUGAUGGACUUUGGGUCGGGCUUGGGUCAUUUGGUGCGGGUGCUGGCGUACAAAAAUAAUCUCCAUGCGGCUGGGAUAGAAUGUCAGUCACAAUUGACUGAGGAAGCUAGGAAACUUGAUCUACAAUUAGAGUAUACAGCCAGUAAGCACUUAUCAGAAAACAGCACAGCAUCACUUUUAAGACCAAUCCAUUUAAACAUGACACUAACUUCCAACAACCAGUUACACCAACUAAAACUCCCCGAUUCAAUGAAAACUUAUGGUUUGGUCGGACUUCACCCUUGUGGAGACUUAGGUCCAUUGUUAAUAAAGCAUUUUAUAAACUGUAAGCAAGUUAAAUACAUCUGUGUUGUUGGCUGCUGUUUUAUGAAACUAACAUGCGAGGGAAAGGAGUGUGGGUACCCUCUGAGUGAAUAUGCUAAGGGAUUAGAUAGCAAAUUGUCUUAUGUUAGUAGAGAAAUAGCGUGCCAUGCCAUUGAAAUAUACUUGGAGAGACUGAGGAAGGACAAUUAUGAUGAUUUGAAGGUUCAUGCUUACCGAGCAGCUCUGGAAAGGAUUCUAGUUGAGCAUGACCCAAAGCUGAAGCACGCGCCCGUCAGAAACAUUAAACACUCCAAUACUAUGACGUUUCAUCAGUACAGCACGUUAGCGCUCGAACGUCUGAACAUCCCCGUAGUUGACGUCGCUCGCGGUGAAUCAGAUCUGUUGCAAUGGCGCCGCGUGGUGACGCUGUACACGCUUCGACUGGCUCUGGCGCCGUUAGUCGAAACUGUGGUGUUGUUGGACCGCGUGCUUUAUGUGCUUGAACAUGGUUUACUAUGUGAGAUUCAUCCAGUAUUCGAUCCGAAGCUGUCACCUCGAAACCACAUUAUCGUAGGAAGGAGAACGUGACGAGAACAAUCACGAUAAGAUAAUUGUGUAUUUUUUUAACCUUUUGACCAGUACUUAUUAUUUUAAUUAAAUUUCAGCUUAAGAAGCGCUUCUAUGACGAUAUCUAUUCAAUUAAUUAAACAUGGUAACUGGCAGAAGGGUUAAAAUGUGCUGAAAAUAUUUGAUUGUUAUAAGUUAUGAUUUCUUUAAUGUGGAGAAAAUAUAUCUAUGUGUAUUUUUAUA